UGGGAAGAGAAUCUGGACGCUAGUUUAGAGGUGAUCAGGAAGGGAUGUUACUGAUUUAGGGGCUGGGGGAGAUUAACUUUGUGGGGACUGGUAGCUUCUUUAGCCUUUAAAACAAACAAACAAAAGAAAUAGGAAUAUUUUGAGAGGGUGUGAAGCGACCUGCUCAUGGGCCAGGUAGGUAGGUAACGUGUGCUCUGCUAGGGUCCUGCUCGGCUCUGGCCUGCGUUGCUGCAGAUGGCGGCCCCAAUGUGGCUUGUGCUUUUGAUUUUUCAGGAGAAAUCACAAGUCUGAGGUGUAUGUGAAAUCUCUUGAUUUUAAAAUUCUGGCAACUAAUUCGUUUUUAAAAAGUCUGUGGGCUAAUCUGACAAUGUUUACUGAUGGGAUCCAAUCUUUGCCCUGGGGCAUAGAGAGGUGGAAAGACACGGUUUAUAGGAGCCAGUGGGCACACUGGAGCUUUGUAAAUUUCACCAGCAAAGUAGAAAGUACUGAGGAUUGCAGGUGGGCAACAUCACUCUGAUUCUUAAGUGGCCCUGCUUUUCUAAUUUUUAAAAAGAGCUGUGUGCAUGGAGGUCUGUGUUAGCUCUGCAGCCUUCCUCUCCUCAUCUCUCACAAUCUGGUCCACCUCAGAAAGCCAGGCUAUAGUCUCAGGGGUGGGCUCAUCUCCCUCUCCCCCAGAUCCCUGCUGUAAUCGGCAGACCAGCCUGGGUGCUUACACGAAACCAGGGCUUCACGUUGGCAUUUGCCUUCCCUGUGGCUGGCAGAUGGGCUUCCUGUGACCGGAGCCUGUUUCGUGGACAAAUCUGAUUCUGAAAUAGGUGUGAUAUGGGGGGAGGCACACUCCCGCCCCAUUGAGGUCUGUCCCCAUCAGAGUGCUCCUGUCUCCUCCCUCCUCACCCGCUUCUCUACUGCUUACAGACAAAGGCAGCUGGAGUGGGAGAAGGAGAAGCAGGACCGGCUUCCUUUCUCAAUCUGGCAGCCCUGGAGAAGUUGGGAGGCUGAGCUUUUUAGCAAGGGCUCAGGAGAUAGGGCUGCAAACCUUUCUUCCCCAGCAAGAGUCUAUUGAUGCUCUAACUUCUAAAUGAUUCUUACAAGGAAAUUAAACCAGCAUUCCCUUGGAUGGAGGCAGCCACAAUGCCACCUCUCUACCCAUGGUGUGGAACCAUUGAACCCAGCUGGAAUCAGGCCACUUCCUUGCCUCCCCUCCCACACACCAUGACACCUGCUAGCUCUCCAGUCCUACAGAGCUCUGGGCUUGUGCCUUGUGCUGGCCCAACUGGGCUAAGUGGAGGUUGGAAGUGGCGUUUGCACAGUGAUGUCUCAUUAGCCCCUGUGGGUUUCGACCUAAAGUCAUUCAGAGCAGGUUGGAAACUGUUUUUUUGGUUUUUGUUUUGUGGGUUUUUUUUAAUAGACAGUAGAGGGUGAAACGGGUAUAUAUCUAUUUCCUUCCUCUUUUACAUACCUUUUCUUGCUGUGCAGAAACUCUUUCAAGAGUACAGAUCCAUAAUUCUGCAGAAAACCUGUUUUAGGAGUGGCAUCUGGGCAGAGUACACUGGCCUAGAAGCCAGACUUGCAGAUCAAGCAUGGCAAGGCUCAAGGUCUUCAUGCCUCUGGGAAUGGGAGGCUCAUUGCAGCCUCCAGAGGGGCCUUCGAGGGACCUGUGCUUCAUCUCCCUUUUUUCAGCAUAAGUGACAGAUAAAAAGCUGGAUAUAAACCAGAGCUAAGCUAGAAGGUGACUAGAUAUUUUACAGGAGGAUUUUUAGCUUUUUGAAAGGUUUUACCAUGAAAUUAAUUCCUUUGGUUAUCUUAAUAUGUACUUGAAAUUAAACAUUUUGUUUGCAUAGCUUUACAGGACCAUGGCUUUUGGGUAAAUCAGGUUACUCUCUCUCCCCCCACUUCUGAGUGCAGUUCCUUCGCUGUUAUUAAUGCUAUAAUGUUAUCUUGACAGUUGUGCCUGGAAAAUUCUUGACCUCUGGAAGGGUGGAAGGGGGCUCUCUUGCAGGGAGGAGGAGGGGGCAUGUGCUCUGUCUACACGUGGUCACUGCUGGUGAGCAGAGGGGCCUGGAAGCUAGCAGGCAUUUUAGCAGACCCAGGACACUUGGGAGACAGAGCAAGGACAAACACACUUGAAUUCUCCUCUAGUCCAUUGGGCAACCCUGCAGGACUGCCCCUCCACUGCCUCUCACACCCCUGGUGAACAGACACAUCUGGGGGAUGCCUCUUUGCAUUUCUGAACUCAAGGACUGAGUAACAGACGUCAGACAUCUUGAGUCAUGCUCUCAUAGACUCUUGCUGUCCAAAGUGAGGGCAGAAGAUCACCUGAGGGUGCUUGUAAAUACAGAAUCUCACCCUGCCCAUAGGGGCCGUGUUUAACAAGAUCUUCAGUGACUCCUGUGCACUGGUGGAGAAUCACUGAUGUCAAGAAUAUAAAAGGAAAAGAGGGGAAAUUUACAGGGGCUGGAGCACAGGAUCCCUCUUACCUCUCCUGGGACUACAAAGACGUUCUGACUGGUGAUACAGGAGAUCCACAGAUUUGUUCUAAGGGCUGAGAAUUCUCUCUUGGGAUUGGGAGGAUAAUUUUACAUUAGAGACUAAUUCUGGAUUAUUCUUGGGUUUAAAAAAAAAACCUCAUAUAUCCAAAAGAUAUUGAGUAAUAGAGUCUGCUCCAAACUUCCACAGUCGAGUUCCUUUAGUGAAUGUUUGCAUGUCUCAGCCUUAAAUGAAAAGGGGAGUGUUGGUGAGAAAGGAAAGUGCCCAUCAAGCCUUGGGUCUAGCCGAAGCUGGAAGGAGAAUCACCUGCUCAUUGCUGCUUUGAUUUUACUUCCUAUCCUGCCAGGUGGCCCAUCAGUGCCAAAGCUCUCCAUUCCCACCAACCUUGGGGCGGAGCCUGCCCUGCCCUCACCCUUGCCCCUGCCUGUCGUUUUCCUGCUAGUGUGGCAGACAGUUUCCUGACCCCAGAGAAUUUUUCUAAAGGUCAUUGUUCCAAAGUACACCCAUCCAUCUGUCAUCUGUCCAUCCAUAUGCAAACCCCUGGAAUUCUUUGAUUUCUUUUAUUCUCUGGUUGUUUCACCUUACUACAUCAUCCUGUCCUUGCCUUUGAUGUCUCAUGAGUAGAACUGGAUUGACUCUAUGAGUGGUUGCUUAUAGAAGCCAGUGGUGUAUGUUAGGAACCAAACGUUCAUUUAGAGCCAUCAUGUCUGAGAGUCUGCAGUGUUCCAGACUCGCUCCAGGCACUUUGCUUCCAUUCUACUUACACUUUGCAAGAAUCCAGCCUAUAGGUGGUUUAUCUCCAUCUUACAGGUGAAGAAUCUGCCAUUCUGCUCAGGGUCAUCCAGUGGGUGAAGGCUGUGUGGUUGCAGAGUCCUGUGCUUUCCCCUUCUCUGGCUUGGCGUGGGCAGAGAUGCCCUGUCACACAGGAGACGACCAGGGGCUGGGACUUUGUGCAGUCGGCCAAGGUUUGCGCUCGGGGAUUGCCUGAGCCAGCUGAAAGGCCCUGAUGCAAGAGAGCUCAGACUUGCCUCACUCGUGAUGAACUGGUGGAACAUGUGGCCAGCGUUGCUCCUUAACCUGUUGUAAAUCAGAAGUUAAUCAGAGGGCAGAGAAGACCUUUCAUCCACCCUGCUGAUUCAGUCUGCUUAUUAACUGAAAGCUGCCCUGCUUUCUCUUUGGCAAAGGACUUGGCACAUGACCGGGGAGUGCUGUCAUCGUGCAUACAGCAGAGGUCUGCUGCGAUGCCCGUCGCGGUGGAGGACAUCAUGAGGCUGCUGUGCUCCGUCUCUGAGGAGAGGAAAAUGAGGGCGGCCGUCAGGCACUCCGGGAGGGGCGCCCUGGUCACAGGGGCCGUGGCCUUCGUUGGUGGUUUGGUGGGCGGCCCACCAGGACUAGCCGUUGGGGGGGCCGUCGGGGGUUUGUUAGGCGCAUGGAUGACAAGUGGACAGUUUAAGCCAGUUCCUCAGAUCAUAAUGGAGCUGCCACCUGCCGAGCAGCAGAAGCUCUUUAACGAAGCCACUGCCAUCGUCAGGCACCUGCAGUGGACGGACGCCGUGCAGCUGACCAUGCUGGUCAUGGGCAGUGAGGCCCUGCAGCAGAAGCUGCUGGCGAUGCUGGCCAACUACGUCACCAAGGAGCUCCGGGCGGAAGUGCAGUACGACGACUAGGCCUCUGCUCCGGGACGCGGGGUCCAUUUAGAUGAUUCCCCCCGACUCAUGGAAGGUGACUGGGGAGCUGCAGGAAGCCCCACAUCAUCAGAAUAUUACCCUAAACUGUAGCGAAAUCUCCUGCUGGAGAGGCUGGGGCUGUGCCAUAUCAUGUUCUGGAAUUAUUUGAGAAGAUGCCGUGUUUUGUGGCUGUGUGCACCUGUGUGCCCUGACAACCCUUCAGCUGGGAAGCUGGUGAACAGUAAAGCCGUGACUGCUGCCGCGUAGCGGCAGUUUUCUGAAUCUACUCUCACACAGGAGCUGGAAGAAGGUCUUCACGUUCAGCCUUCUCAUCUCAUCGUGUGAAGAUGACGCCUGUCCAGGCAGCCGUUGCAGGACCAGCCCUCCCUUGGGACCUUGGAGCUGUCCCCUGCUGGAAUCAUGUUUACCUCUUGAAUGCCCCUUCCCCACCCAGUGACUUGUGAGUGGUCUCAGGGAGGGGGCAGUCGGCCUGCUGAGUGAAGCCACAAACGUCAGUGGCACCCAGCCCCUCCCCCAGUAGCUGCCCGACUGGGCUCUCACCCUCCCAGGGGCUUGCUUUCCCCAUCUGAAAAGUCAUAGUAGUUCCUGAGUUCUGUUUUUUAAAUUAAAUAUUUUCAGUAAAUUAUUGCUCUUUCUGAAGUGGUAGAAUCAUAAACUUUCUCUAAGAAAUGAGUCCACCCUAAGUUUCCCCUAAUAUUAUUUUUGCUUUGCUUUCAGAACCACAGUUUGACAAGUGUCAUCAAACUACAAUAAAUGUUUUCUGAACAGUC